UAUUUCAAGUCAGUAAUGAUGUGAUAACAAAAGUAACGUAACGAAUUGUUUAGUUUUGGAGUAACUGUAAUAUUAUUACUGAAAUUUCAUUAGUAAUUAGUUACCUUUUCCAGUAACGUGUGGUAUAAUAUUAUUACUGUAAUGCAUUACUGCCCAACACUGCUCAAAAGAGACUCAAAGUUGCCACAAAAAGAUGCAAACUAACUGCGGAGAGACAAAACAACUACAAAAAUAAUUCAAAGAGACACAAAACAAUUUAAACAGACACCAAAUUACCUAAAAGAAACACAAACAAAUGCUUUAGGGCUGCAAAAAGAUUCAAAAAAGGAGGUAAAACUACAAAGUCUGUGUGUCACCUGUGUGGUGGGGUGGUGGGGCCUUUUGCACGUCUGUGCCCAGGUGCCCCCUGUCUCAUAAUCCGCCCCUGCUGCUGAGACAGACACAAAAUAAUACUUCCUGUUAAAAACCCAGACUGGGUCCUCCUUUAAAAGAGUAAUUACAUGAUGGAUAUUAAACGCUGUUAAUCCCAUAUUGAAGCCUCAUUGUUACCAUGUACUGUAUGUGCGGUCAGGUGACGUCACUGACACAGUUGCCAGCAGCAAAUCUGUGCUGAGAGCUGCGCAGCCGCGCUGCGCAUCCGUCGGCUGAGGUGGACAGCGAGCGCAGCCAUUUCUCUGCCCCUCAUGAAAAACAUCCAGGGGGGGAGUGACGUUUGUCCAUCACGCACAUAACUACCCCGACGUGCGGGAGUCAUGACGUGAGCAGCACAUACCGAGGCUGAACUCAUCACCGACUGAGAUCCGCGCGCUCCAAACUUUCUCCCAAUCCAACGCCUGCGCAGACAAACCGGGCUCUGUCUCCUCCAUUAGGCUCAUGCUGUGCCUCUGUGUCAGCCAUGGAGGGAAAUGUGCACGGAGGCUGCAGCGACGUGGCGGUGAUGCACGUGAAAACUGAGGCGGUCGAUGAGAAUCCAUCUGCGCUGGUUUUGGGCAGUCAGGAGUCGCCUGCGCCCUGCGGAGAUACCGCAUGCAGAGGAAGAGGGGGAGGAGGAGGAGGAGGAGGGGAUCAGACUGCAGAGGAGCUGGCUGACACGACAACUACUCCUGUGCUGCUGUAUCCAGUGAGCACAGACCGCUUCUUCACCACAGCAGGGGAUGGAAAGACUUACCUGAAGAUCGCUCCAGCUUCAGCGAUGCCACCUGCUCCUUCAGAGAAGACGCUUCCCUCCGGCUCUGAUUUCUCCUCCAAAGCCGUUUUGUGUCUGAUAGAGGCGGUCGGGCGCCGCUGGGGCCUCUACGAGACUCGAGAACGCUCACAGCUCUUUCAGAGCGUCCAGGAGGAGAUGGCCUCCAAGGGGCACGUGCUUCCUGUCGAAAAGAUACGCCGCAAGUGGAACAACCUCAUUGUCACAUACAAGAGGGUUAAAGACCGCAGCCGGGAGACGGGGCACGCCAAAACAUCCUGGGAGUUCUUCGAUUUGAUGGACGCCACACUCUGUGACACUGUUGGCACUCAGAUUGUCAGCAACAAAAGAAACAAAAGUGGCAACACUGUUUCCACGCUGCCCGGUCCUUUGGCAAAGAUCGCUGCAAAACCACAGGUUCCACAGCCCACCACCAUCAUCCGCCCGAAUGGGGACUUUACUUCGACUGGUGGUGUGGACUCAGUGGGCCAGGGAGCCAUCAGCAGUCAAAUCAUCAGUAGCGCUGCUGCCAUUACCUCAGUGACUACAGCCACCAUUAGCCCAACAAAUGCUCCAGAGCUCAAGCCCCUGAUCGUCCUCAACAGUGACAUUGUUACAACCAGCAUUCAUCCAGCCACCAUUGUGCCAUCUCCAUCUUUUAUCUCCUCACCUUGUUUCACAGAGACAGCUUCUACUUCCCCUUCCCUUGGCUCCAUUAGCAACGCAGAUCUCAACGCGCCACGCUACGUAGGCCGUAAAGCUCAAUCAUUCCCAUCAGGCGUCAUACCCUUCCGGCUCAGCAGUGCACCACUUAGCAACAAUCAGAAUCUCCUCAGCCUCUCCUCCGCUUUCCCCCAUACUUCCUCCUGUCUCACUUCUUCUAUCACCACCUCCUUACCUGCAGCAACCAUGUCGGGAACCGAGGGCCAGAACCAGAAAGGAAAUGAGGAGCAAACAAGCACAACUUUGUUCCAGGAGAUUCUGAAGCGACAGGAGGAGCAGGCCUACCUGGACCGAGUGGCUCGCCGCAGGGUGGAAGCCAGAGAGAAGAGGCGCGAGAGGAGGGAGGUGCGGAUGGCAGAGUCCCUCGGCAGGAUAGCCACAGCACUGGAGCUGCUCUCCUCCAAACAGGACACAGUCAUUGCCCUCCUGCAGAGACUGGCUGAUCGGAAGUGAUGAAGGGUGAAAGCGGGGACUCAUAAUUCUGAGACCACACAUAUGAGAACUUCUUAACACUCCUACCAUGCAAUUACCCAGAGUUCCAUAAUGCUACUGAAAAGGGUUUUACUCUCCUGAUUUUGAUGUAAAUAAAAUUCUAGAAAAUCAUGUAAGCUGCUCACUUUUCUAAAGGUAAGUUUGGUAUUUUUAAACCUGGAACAAUCAUUUAUUAAACUGGUCCAGGUCUGGGCGAGAGUGCUUCAGCUGGCAGCCGCAAAACAAGCUGCAGUGUAACCACUCUGGGCAUAUUUGCACCAUCAAUUUACUUCCACUAAAAGUGC